CCAACAAGUAAAAACAAGCGACAAGCUAACCCUAACUAAGCGCAGCCGUCCUGUAGGCUGCCAGUAGCAAGACAGUGAGUGGGGAGAAUAGCUUUGCCAGUGAGGAAUUUCACCAGAACUUCCUUUAUCAGGAUGAAGGGACGGACAGAUGCUCCUCAGGACCGGGCCUGCCUGGUGGGGGUCUGUUUUUUCUUUCUGGGCCUGGGAACGCUGCUACCAUGGAACUUCUUCAUGACCGCCUCAUUGUAUUUCCAAGGUCGCCUAAACUCGACAGAAUUGAGAAACGGCACAGUGGUGGUCCUCAAGGAGUACUACUUCAACAACUGGAUGACCCUGCUGUCCCAGCUGCCCCUGCUGGUGUUCACCCUGCUCAACUCCAUCCUCUACCAGAGGAUGUCGGCGAUGAUGCGCAUCGCAGGUAGCCUGGUUUUUAUCCUGCUGCUCUUCAUCUUCACAGCAGUGCUGGUCAAAGUGCCCAUGGAGGCAGACCACUUCUUCUCUGUCACCAUGGCUACUAUCUGGUUUAUCAACUCAUUUGGCGCCGUGCUGCAGGGCAGUCUGUUUGGCCUGGUGGGUCUGCUGCCUCAGAAGUACAGCACCAUCUUCAUGAGCGGCCAGGGCCUCGCCGGGACUUUCGCUGCCAUCGCCAUGCUGCUCGCCAUAGCCAGUGAUGCAGACUCUGAGACGGCAGCGCUAGGUUACUUCAUCACGCCAUGUGUGGGGACGCUGGUCACACUCUUCAGCUACCUGCUGCUGCCCCGCCUGGAGUUUGCCCAGUAUUAUCUGAACAAAGGCAGCAAGUAUGAGGCGGACACCACAGACGAGUUGCUGAAAGAGAGAAGCACAGUGGAGAAUGGCAAGCUGAACGGCCAUGCCAACGGCACGGUGACCAGCAACGCAACCAAGGACAGCAGUGCAGCCGAGGCUGAGGUGGAACCCAGUCCAGACGGGCCGAAGCAAGCCUUCCUGUCAAUGGAGCAGGUGGAGAAGGGACAAGCUAAGGCCUCGGUCUUAGAGGUCUUCAAAAAGAUCUGGGUGAUGGCGUUCUGCAUUACGUUUGUGUUCACAGUCACUCUGUCCGUCUUCCCUGCUGUCACUGCAGAUGUCAAGACCUCCUUCCCAGGGAAAUGGGAGCGCUUCUUCAUCUCAGUGUGCUGCUUCUUGAUUUUCAACAUCAACGACUGGUUCGGUCGGACCAUCACAACCUUGAUACGCUGGCCCCGUAAAGAGUCUCGUCUGUUCCCGGCGCUAGUCGUCUCCAGGGUGGUGUUCAUCCCUCUGCUGAUGCUCUGUAACGUCCAGAGUCGCUCCUUCCUCCCCGUCUACUUCAGCCACGACGCUGCUUUCUCUGUCAUCAUGUCGCUCUUCUCUCUGUCCAGUGGCUACUUCGUCUGCCUUUCCAUGUCCUACGCACCCCAGUUGGUGGAGCCGAAGGAUGCAGAGACUGCCGGGGCCCUGAUGACUUUCUUCCUAGCCCUGGGUCUGUCCAUAGGAGCCGCCCUGUCCUUCCCCCUCCGAGCUCUGGUCUAGUUCACACACACAAAGCACUACAUAGACACUGUGGAGGAUUUCCACUUGGAGUGGGAAAAAUGAUAAAUGUCCCCCGCCCCCGCCCCCCCUUUCAUCUGUCAGGUACUGUAUGUGUAUUAUGGAACAACCGGCUUGACAACCAAGCACCCUAGGUGACGAUGUAAAAACAGCUCUUGAAGUGGUAUUGGGCAUUAAUGACUGACAAGGUUCCCUUUUGAAAGUAGGAAUAGGGAAAUGGUGUCUGUUAGUCUGACAGCUGGUUUAUGUUACUGCUUCUAACCUGAACACACAGGUCGGAACAGAUUUCAUCUCUUUCUUUUUUUUUUUUUUUUGGUUGACUGUUGAGUGUGUCUACAUUUUUAGAUAUAUGUUUGAUUUCAGUUUGUUUUAAGUAGUUUUAGGACAUAAUUCUGAAUGUUUUUGAUUGAUUGAUGGCUUGAAUUUAUACUUUUUGUUAGAUUAAUGCCAUUAGGGAUUUUUCUUCCUGUGAUUAUUUAGUAUUUUCUAAUGGAAAACAAAAAGCUCUUUUCCUCAGAAAUAGAACAAACACAAUAUUCUUUGUUAUAUUAUACUGUACAAACGGAGAGUCAGAGCCACUGUUGGAAG